AGCGAUUAAAGAUAUUGCAGCGGGCGCUGAACGCCUUAAAACCUUUCUCAAGCUAAUACAUUCAGCAUAACCUUACUGCCUUAUAGGCGCGUUGCUGCAAAUGCGCAGAAAUUGUGAGUCCGCUGGAAAUCACAUGACGGUAGUUGUUCAGGUGACCACACCUUCCCCGUCUGGAUCACGUGACGGGCUGUAGAUCGCUUGUUUUAACUGCAGAGCCCGACUGUCAGUGAGGAGAGAAGCACAUAGCGGGGCAAGAUGUCGGGAAAAGACAGGAUCGAGGUGUUCCCCUCUAGGAUGGCCCAGAGCAUCAUGAAGGCUCGGCUGAAAGGAGCACAGACGGGGCGCAACCUUCUCAAGAAGAAAUCCGAUGCCUUAACCAUGCGCUUCCGGCAAAUCCUAAAGAAAAUCAUUGAGACCAAGAUGCUCAUGGGAGAGGUCAUGAGAGAAGCCGCUUUCUCACUGGCUGAAGCCAAGUUCACAGCCGGAGAUUUCAGCACAACUGUCAUACAGAAUGUGAAUAAAGCGCAGGUGAAGGUGCGGGCGAGGAAAGACAAUGUAGCAGGUGUGACCUUGCCAGUGUUUGAGCAUUAUCAGGAGGGAGGAGACAGCUACGAGCUGACGGGAUUGGCUAGAGGUGGGGAGCAACUGGCCAAGCUGAAGAGGAAUUAUGCCAAAGCUGUGGAGCUGCUGGUGGAACUGGCAUCACUGCAGACCUCGUUCGUGACUCUAGAUGAAGCCAUUAAAAUCACUAACCGACGUGUCAAUGCCAUAGAACACGUGAUUAUCCCCAAGAUAGAGCGCACCUUGUCCUACAUUGUCACUGAACUGGAUGAGCGCGAGAGGGAGGAGUUCUACAGGCUGAAAAAGAUACAGGAAAAGAAGAAGAUCAUUAAGGAAAAGGCAGAGAAGGAGCGAGCCAAGUGGGCUAACACGGGGGGCCCUGAACCGUCCAAUCUCCUCGCAGAGGACAGAGAUGAGGAUCUGUUGUUUGAUUAAGCCCCGGAUUCAGCCAAUGAUGGGUUAAAUAGAAGGUGUAUAUAUAAUAAAUAUAUAGAGGGUUUUAUUUCAUACUGUCGGCUAACUCUCCGGCAGUACUUCAUACCCACAAUGCAUCAGUGUGUACGUGGCUCCAGAAACGUUAUUUAAACAAAUAUUCAAGUGAAAUAAGGCAACAUUGUUCAUUUUCCCAGUUCCUGAACCAUUUUAACUUAUUGGUGUGAUUGUUCCGCCCUGUAACAGUCCUGUUCUCUUAUUGGAUGCAAUAAAGUGUCAUGUGAC